AUGGAGCUCCCCCUGGCCCAGAUAUGCCCCCAAGGAAGCGGCCGAGCCCCUGCGCCUACCUUCAGCACCUUCCAGCCCGUGGAACUGCCCUGCAGGACCUACCAGGAUGUGGGCCUGCUCCAGGCAUCUCCUCAACCCCCAGGGGCUGCCUCCAGCCCAGAGGAUGCUGGGAAGGCCGAGGAGGGGCUUGAGGAAGGAGGCCAGUCCCUGCAGGCCGAGACCCGGGCUUGGUUCCAGAGGACCCAGGCCCACUGGCUCCUGCAGCACGGGGCAGCCCCUGCCUGGUUCCAUGGCUUCAUCACCCGGAGGAUGAGGCCAGUCUUCUCCAUCGCCCACAGGGAGGCCGAGAGGCUGCUGGAGCCCAAGCCUGAGGGAUGCUACUUGGUGCGGUUCAGCGAGAGCGCUGUGACCUUCGUGCUAACCUACAGGAGCCGGACUCGCUGCCGCCACUUCCUGCUGGCCCAGCUCCGGGACGGGCGCCACGUGGUGCUGGGCGAGCACAGCGCCCACGCGCGGCUGCAGGACCUACUGCGACACUACACUGCGUGCCCGCUCAGCCCCUACGGGGAGACGCUCACCGAGCCCCUCGUCCGCCAGACGCCUGAGCCUGCAGGACUUUCCCUGAGCACUGAAAUAUCAGACUCUGGAAACAAGGACCCACACCCUCAGUAUAGCCCGAUCGUCAAGAAGUUGCAGAACGUGACCCCCACGCCGAAGGAGGGGCCCGGGGAACAGAAGGAGCCGCCCAGGCCCAAGCCUCCCGUGGCCGUCAAGCCUCAGCUGCCCCCCGAAGUCUACACGAGCCCGGCCCCGAGGCCGCGCCCGGCCCCGCCCCCCAAGCCCUCCAACCCCAUCUACCACGAGCCUGACGAACCCAUCGCCUUCUAUGCCAUGGGGCGGGGCAGCCCGGGGGAAGCCCCCAGCAACGUCUACGCCGAGGUGGAGGUGCCGCCGGGCGCUGGGGGCCAGCCCUGCGGCCUCGGGCACCUGGCCCUGCGCAAGUGCAGGUCCAGGCCCGUCGCGGGAGGCCAGAUUCCAGGUGGCCGGCAACCGCACUCUGAGAACUCUGUGCCUGGACAAGGCCCUCCCGUGCCCCACCAGCCCCUGCCCAGCUGGGGGCACACCCUCCCCCACAAGCUUUCUAGACAGAGGACAGAGGACAAAGGACAGGCGUGGCUUCCCCUGGGGCCUCCUCAGUAG